AGCCACCCAAUCCGCCGUCCCAAUGACAUUCACCUAACCAGGCCGUUAGAGAUUAGCGACGUUGGAGAUGGGGGCCAAGAAAAUGUCACCACUAUGACUCGGGAGGAAUUCCACCAGCCCUGCCUACCAGGAUACUAUCCCGCCCCCGGAAAAAAAAGCUGA